AUGUUUCUCGCGAGCAGUGCGGUCAAUGUCCUUGCUCUUGUGCCGUCGCCAACGCCGCAAGGUAAUGCUUGCCCAGCAUCCUAUUGCUCUGUGGAGUCGCAGUUCCAUCCCAUCAUGCUCCAGGGGAUAACAUGUGACGACUGGACAAUGGGCGGCAACGUUCCUGAUUGGGCUGCACAACAAUCCGGGUGGUUUCCUGUGAUCAACACGACUAGCAUAGAGAUGCUUGCGCGCUACGCAUCCAACCGGCCGCAGUCGCCGCAGUGGGAUAAAGGACAUGACCUGAUCGACGCGCUGGAUAGAGUGGAGCGCCUUAGUAAGGACUCGUUGUUAUCCUGGAAUGGUAUCCUCUAUGCAGCGCUGACGGAAUUCUGGCGUACUUACCGGAUACCGCUGGCUGUGCGUGUUGGUGAACUUGUGGAAAAUCGGAGAGACUCGCUACUGACCUCGUCUGAGGCUCUAGAGAUGAGCGAAUACUUGUAUUUCCAGGGAAUGGGCUCAUCCUAUGUUCCCUGGAUGAAUGGGACGGACCACAAAGUACGUGGUCUAGCGACACGCGUUAAUUGUAGUGGCCUGCGCGAAGGAGGCCCAUACAAGGGAUUGCUGCAUUCCGCUGCCGUGUUUCAUAUGCUAGACACGCAUUGUACGCACGAUCAGUGGCUUCUCGGCAGCAUAUUGCACAACAUCAAUACAAUUAAGUGGAUCGCUUAUGCGAUGAAAUGGUCUUACAUAGAGCAAAAGGCGGACCUAAUGAAAGAACGCUUAUACGUUAUCGGGCGGGAAAGAGACGCGGAAAUCAGUUCGUCACGGUUACCAAUACAAACCACGACCGUGUCAAGAAGCUCCCCAGUGGCUUGGAUGUAA